CCUUUCACAAGUUUGAAACUGAAGGAUGAAAUAUUUAUUUAAAAACUGACGCAAUAGCGCUAAAUCUAAAACAAACUGUGAAUAAAAUAUGAAAAUAUAUGCAGCUGCACAAUCAGAAGUUUGUGAUACACGCACGAAAGAAUGGCGCCUCGCGUACAGCUUGAGAAAGCAGCCUGGCGCUGGGUCGAGUCGGUGAGACCGGAGGACAUACAACGAGAACAUAUUGAGAUAGCUUACCGAAUCUGUGUACCGGCGUGCAAGAGGGGAGCAUGCAGGAGGAAUUGUAAAGGGAACCCAAAUUGUCUUGUCGGUGUUGGGGAACAUGCCUGGUUGGGGGAGAUCAAUGAGAACAGCUUCCACAACAUUGACGAUCCAAAUUCAGAGCGCCGGGACAAGAACACGUUUGUGGGUCUGACGAACCUGGGCGCCACGUGUUACGUCAACACCUUCCUGCAGGUGUGGUUCCACAACCUGGAGCUGCGCAGGACCCUGUACCUGUGUCAGAACGCCCGGGCAGAGGAGCACAACAUGGACUCAGACUACGAGCCUCGCAACAUAUGUGAACACCUGCAGUACCUGUUUGCACUGCUGCAGAACAGCAACAGAAGGUACAUUGACCCCUCGGGGCUGGUCAAGGCGCUAGGACUGGACACAGGACAACAGCAGGAUGCUCAAGAGUUCUCCAAGCUCUUCCUUUCGCUAUUGGAGGACACAUUAUCCAAACAGAAGAACCCAAACCUGCAGAAUGUCAUUCAGCAACAGUUCUGUGGACAAAUGUCUUACGUCACUGUGUGUAACCAGUGUGGCCGUGCUUCUCCCCUGCCGUCCCGAUACUACGAACUAGAGCUCAACAUCCAGGGCCACAAGAACCUUACGGAAUGUGUCACAGAGUUCCUCAAGGAGGAGAAGCUGGAUGGUGACAACCGCUACUUCUGUGAGAGCUGCCAGAGCAAACAGAACGCCACUCGACGCAUCAAACUGCACAGCCUCCCACGCAUACUAAACCUGCAGCUCAUGCGUUUUGUCUUUGACAGACAAACGGGUCACAAGAAGAAGCUCAACACCUUCAUCAGUUUUCCAGAGCAGCUGGACAUGGGCCCAUUUCUGGAGGGCAAAGAAGAUGAAAAGUGUGUGUACGAGCUGAGUGCAGUCCUGAUCCACCGCGGGGUCAGUGCCUACUCGGGUCACUACAUCGCCCACGUGCGAGACGCCCGCACCAGUGACUGGUACAAGUUCAACGACGAGGAGAUUGAGAAGAUGGAGGGCAAGAAGCUACAGCUGGGCAUCGAAGAGGACAUCGCCGAGACGGUGAAGUCCCAGACCCGUAAGCCCAAGUGCAGUAAAGGAUACCACUGUUCCAGGAACGCCUACAUGCUGGUGUACACGUGCCAGAGAGAGGAGGACACUGACCCCAUGGAGACCAACGUUGAGGUGCCAGGCUUUCUGCAGAGGCUGGUGGACCGAGACAACAGGAAGUUUGAGGAGUGGUGCCUGGAGAUGGCCGACAUGCGCAAGCAGAGCGUCGACAAGGGCAAGGCCAAGCACGAAGAGGUGAAGGAACUCUACGAGCUUUUACCUGCGGAAGACGGCCAGCAGUAUGAGUUUGUGCCUCUGGAGUGGCUGAAGAAAUGGCUGGACGACUCGACGGUCACCAAAGAAAUCGACAACGGCAACUUCCUGUGUUCUCAUGGUAAACUGCACCCCGACAAGGUGGGGGAGGCCAAGAGGAUCUCCGUCAAAGCAGCAGAGCUUCUCUUUGACAGAUACGGAGGAGGACCCAGACUGGAUGGGUCAACUCUCUGUGAAGAAUGUGUGGGCCAGAGAUGCAGGGUGCUGCGGCUAAAGAACCAGCUGGCCGAGGACUACAAAGAAGUCACCUGCCUUGUUAAGGGCCCGCCCAAAAGUGAUGAGGGGUACUGGGUGGGCAAGACGUCUCUUCGGAGCUGGAGACAGCUGGCCUUGGAGCAGCUGGAGGAGGACGAGGAGGAGACCAAACACAGCGACGGCAAAACCAACGGAGAGGGACCAGAGAUCACUGCUACUAAAGAGUACGGCCCAGAGAACCAGGAUGACGAGGAGAUGAAGAACUUCAACGAGGACAUCCUCUGUCGGCAUGGCGGUCUUAGUAUCCUGGAGAGUGAGAGGCGGCUGGUGACUGUGGAAGUGUGGUCCAAACUGAGGGUGUACUUCCCCAAAGCCCCCCAGUUCACCCAGCUACAGGAGCCAUGUCAGCAGUGCCUGAGGCUGGAGCGUGAGGGCAAAGAGAAUGAGGCUCUGAACAGGAUGAUGGCGUCAGAACAGAAGAGCUCCCUCCUGAACCUGUUCCAGGAGAAGAACAGACCCACACUCACCAAGUGGCCACAGGAGACGGACAUUCUCUACAUAGUUCCUCUGUUUUUUGUGGACGAGUGGAGAAAGUUCAUCAGGAGGCCCACUAAGACCUCCCCAGUGUCUAGUGUGGGGAACAGUUUGCUCCUUUGUCCCCAUGAAGGCUUCAUGUUCACCCACGAUUCCAUGUUGAAGGGAGACGCCCAACAUAUAGCUCUUCUCUGGCCCGGCGAAUGGGAGGUGAUCAGCAGACACUUCCUGGUUGAUCAGCCAAUCUCCAUCUGCCGGAUCAGUGAGGCCACGCCCAACGGCUCCAGUGUGGAGUACACCACCCAGCCUGAGCUUUGCAGGGACUGCAGAGAAGGCUUCAUCUUCCAGCAGCAGAGGGACAUGAGAGAGUACGCACAAGCCACAGUCUACGUCCGCAAGGUCAUAGACGACAAGAGGAUAAUGAAGGAGGCAGCUCCUGAGAUGAAUGUGAGUGGGUCGGAGGCAGAGGAUGAGAGGGAGGAGCCUGUUGCUAAGGUGGACGGAGAGCAAGACCCUGACUUUAGCCAGUCAGAGGACGGGGCGAAGCGUCAGAGGCUGGGUGAGGGCACCAUCGGUGCUGCCGCAAGUCCGGCCCCCAUGGCCAGUUGCGGCAAAUCAGGUAUCAGGAGGAGCACGAGGCACAGGAAGCUCCGGGGAGAGAAAGCACUCAUCGUCUCAGCCAAUCAGACACUCAAGGAGCUUAAAAUACAGAUCAUGCAUGCCUUCUCCGUGGCCCCGUUUGAUCAGAACCUGUCGAUCGACGGCCGGUGUCUAGCGGACGACUCUGCCACCCUCGGCAGCCUAGGAGUCAUCCCAGAGAGCGUCAUCUGUCUGAAGGCUGAUGAACCCAUAGCAGAUUAUGCAGCAAUGGAUGAUGUUUAUCAGGUCUGUAUGCCUGAAGAAGGAUUUAAAGGUACUGGGCUUCUUGGUCACUGAAGAAGACAUGACAGUCUCUGCCCUUGAAGCGGACUGAAGCUGGACAACAAGAAUCAAAUGCUUGUAGUGUCCAUAAAUGGGAAAAAAAGUGCUUUAAUUUUGUUUUCUCUUAUGUUGUUUUUUUAAAGAUUUAGUUUUUGUAUUGUGACUGUUGCAAAUCCUUUGUUUAUAUCUCUGUUAAAAAUGAUCUGCUGGCUUUUAAUAUUUAAAUAAGUUCAUGCAUUCGCUGGGACUUUGGUCACACUCUUCGCCCGGGCUGUGGGUAGAAACGGGUCAUGAGAAUCGAGUAGCAUCUUCCAAUGUGGAGCUCAAACUGCUUUUCUGUCUGCUUCUGUAGACUUCUGAGAGGAUCGGCCCAAUUGUAGGACAAAAUUAUCCUUGAAUUUUACAAGAUACAUUUUUUAGUUCAAAGGGAAAUUGUGGUCUCUGCAAAUUUUCUUCAAACAUUUAAAGAAUGCAUGUGCAACUGUUAAAUAUUGAAACUGUUUUGUGGUUUAACAAUAAGUACCUCAAUAACAGUUAACAAAAUACUCUGUUGCGACAUUUAGAAGAAUAAAAUAUAUGUAUAUUUCUUAAAUGAAUUAAAAAAACAUUGCAAACUUAGAUUAGGUUUGUGCUGCAAUCAGAAACAGAUGCAGGCCUUGGUGUGAACUGUUAUUUUCUCUUAUUUCAUAUGGGCAAUAAAGUUGUUUUUCUUCUACAGAUUUUCUCACACAUGAAUUGUUCUGGAUCUAUUUGUGCGCUGUAUGAAGAAGAAAAAAAUAUGGGCCGGUUUCCCCGACACAGAUUAAGCCUAAUCCUGUGUCCGGGAAACCGUCCCUCUGACCCGUUCUUUCAUACCUCAAUGCUUUGACCACUACGAUAUUGAUAUAGUAUUGACUCUCAUUCCCUAAUAAUACACAUAGUAAACCAAGUCUGGAUGUGUAGUGCAUCUGCAAGAGAGCAUGGUUGGGGUUUGUAGAUUCAAUGUUUAUUGGUCGUGGACACAGAUUUGCAGAUGUUAUCGCAGGUACAGCGAGAUGCUUAUGUUUCUAGCUCCGACAGUGGAGUAAUAUCUAGCAAUACAAUAACCAAACAGUAUCAGAACAAGCAGUCAGAAUCAAACUGUCUAUACACACUAUAUAUAUAUAUAUAUAGAGAGAGAGAGAGCGAGAGAGAGACAGUUUGAACAGUGUAUGAAUAGAAAAUGUGUGUACAUCAGUAGUUAUAGGAUGAGCCAUGACUAGUAUCCAGCGCCUUCAGAAAGUAUUCACACCCCUUGACUUUUUCCACAUUUUGUUACAGCCAGAAUUUGUGUCACUGAUCUACACACAAUACACUAUAAUGUCAAAGUGGAUUUAUGUUUUUUGAAUGUUUAAAAAUGAAUGUCAAUUAGUAUUCAAAUCUUUUGUUAUGGCAAGCCUAAAUAAAUUCAGGAGUAAAAAUGUGCUUCACAAGUUG